AAACCUGUUCUGAAAAACACAUUUCAUCGCCUGCUCAGAGGCUCCAGUUGGCGGCGAAGAGUACAUCUCCUUUCAAAUAGCUGGAUUAGGUCCUCAUGCUGCUGUGGUCAUUGCUGGUCAUCUUUGCUGCAGUCACUGAACAGGCAGAUUCGCUGACCCUUGUGGCGCCCUCUUCUGUCUUCGAAGGAGACAGCAUAGUUCUGAAAUGCCAGGGAGAACAGAACUGGAAAAUUCAGAAGAUGGCUUACCACAAGGAUAACAAAGAGUUAGCUGUUUUCAAAAAAGUCUCAGAUUUCCUUAUCCAAAGUGCAGUUUUAAGUGACAGUGGUAACUAUUUCUGUAGUACCAAAGGAAAAAACAUCCUUUUCCGUGAUAAUCAUUCAAAUAUAGCAAAAAUAAAAGUCCAAGAGCUCUUUCAACAUCCUGUGCUGACAGCCAGCUCCUUCCAGCCCAUCGAAGGGAGUCCAGUGAGCCUGAAAUGUGAGACCCAGCUCUCUCCACAGAGGUUGGAUGUUGAACUCCAGUUCUGCUUCUUCAAAGAAAAUCAGGUCCUGGGGUCAAGCUGGAGCAGCUCCCCGGAGCUCCAGAUUCCUGCUAUGUGGAGUGAAGACACAGGGUCUUACUGGUGUGAGGCAGAAACGGUGACUCACAGGAUCAGAAAACAGAGCCUCCAAUCCCAGAUUCACGUGCAGAGAAUCCCCAUCUCUAAUGUAAGCUUGGAGACCCGGGCCCCCGGGGGACAGCUGACUGAAGGACAAAAACUGAUCUUGCUCUGCUCAGUGACUGCGGGUACAGGAAAUGUCACAUUCUCCUGGUACAGAGAGGCCACAGGAACCAGUCUGGGAAUCAAAACCCAGCACUCCCUGUCAGCAGAGCUGGAGAUCCCAGCUGUGAAGGAGAGUGAUGCCGGCAAAUAUUACUGUAGAGCUGACAAUGGCCAUGAGUCUAUCCAGAGCAAAGUGGUGAAUAUCCCUGUGAGAAUUCCAGUGUCUCGCCCCGUCCUCACCCUCAGGUCUCCUGGGGCCCAGACUGCAGUGGGGGACCUGCUGGAGCUUCACUGUGAGGCCCUGAGAGGCUCUCCACCAAUCCUGUACCGAUUUUAUCAUGAGGAUGUCACCCUGGGGAACAGCUCGGCCCCCUCUGGAGGAGGGGCUCCCUUCAACCUCUCUCUGACUGCAGAACAUUCUGGAAACUACUCCUGUGAGGCUGACAAUGGCCUGGGGGCCCAGCACAGUGAGGCAGUGCCAGUCUCCAUCUCAGGACCUGAUGGCCAUAGAAGAGACCUCAUGACAGCCGGAGUUCUCUGGGGACUGUUUGGUGUCCUUGGUUUCACUGGUGUUGCUUUGCUGUUGUAUUCCUUGUUCCACAAGAUAUCAGCCACCUUCUUUAUGAAAAAAGCAAUGACUCCUUGAAUUCUUGGAUCCAUGAUAUAGACCAUAAGAAGCCAUCUUUACCCACAUGUCUGGCCGUUGAUGCCGGCUAUAGUUUGCAGUUUCAGCUAAGAGUCAAUUGGAGCACAUAUAUGUAGCCUCUCAACAUGGCCGGGAUUUCCUCACAGCAUGAUGACCUUAAAGUAGUCAAACUUUUAACAUGUUGGUUCAGGCUCCAAAAAGCAAGUGUGAUAAGAAAGCUGCAACACAUUUAAUCAACGAAUUCCAAAAAGUAUGAUGUUGUGUCACUUCCAUGGCAAUUUCAUUAUGUCCUGGUGCUUCAAACUUGCCCGGGUAUCAGUGGAGAGGGCACAGACUUCAUCUCUAAAUGGGAGAACUGUCAAAGAAUUUUAAACCAUAUUUUUAAAAUUUCCACGUAUAACACCAUGAGUUCGAAACUGCUAUGUCUCCAAACCCCAAAACACUGUCAAAAGCACAAGACUCUUGGUGUUCUCUCUGCAAUCAGUAAAUGUUCCAUGCCAAAUGAUUUCAGAAGUUAGGUUUUUCUCCCUGCGCCCCUCUCCAUCUUUUGUUGAAGAUUUUUGUGGCUAUGUUCAUCAGGGAUAUUGGCCUGUAGUUUUCUUUUUUGGUUGUAUUCAUGUCUGAUUUUGGUAUCAGGGUAAUUCUAUCCUUGUAGAAUGGGUUAGAGAGAAUUCCCCUCUCUUCAAUUUUUUUGGAAUGGUUUGAGGAGGAUUUGUAUUAAUUCUUUAUACAUUUGGUAGAAUUUGGUAGUAAAUCCAUCCAGUCCUCGACUUUUCUUUGUUAGGAAGCUGAUUAUUAAUGGUUCAAUCUUGCCACUCAUUAUUGGUUUACUCAGGUUUUCUAUUUCUGUCUGAUUCAAUCUUGGUACAUUGUCUGUUUCCAGGAAUUUAUCCAUCUCCUAUAGAUUUUCCUGUUUAUUUGCAAUAAUCUCUGAUGAUCUUUUUUAUUUGGUGUCGUUGUAAUGUCUGCUUUUUCAUUUCUGAUUAUGUUUAUUGGGGUCUUCUUUUCUUGGUUA